AUGUUAAAACAUGAUCGAUGGUAUUCGUCUGCGCUGCCUAUGCAAUAUCAUACCAAUGUGCGAAAUAUCGUUGUUGUCGUUUUAAGUGGGUCCGUUAAAAACGAUCCUCCGACCGGCAACGCGAUAAAUAUCCGGUGUAAAACCGCAUUAGCGUGUGCCAUUAUACGAGUAGUUAUUCACACACGUGUAUAAUUGUGCAGUGUGUGUGUGUGUGCGCGCGCGCGUACGUGUGCGUAUUUAUAUAAUAUAUUAUAUUAUAUUAUAUUUAUAUUGUAUGUACGCGCGAGUAUGGAGUUCGAUUGACAAUCUCAUUUUCGUACGAGGCCCGAGGCGACUGUCCAUUUCAAGGUCUGCACUCUCUGCACACUCCGUCCGCUCACCGCGUUAAAAAAAAAAAAUAAAAUUAAAAAAUAAAAAAUAAAUCUCGUUCCGCAGCAGCAGCUCUUCGCACAGGCAGCCUUUCAUUCCACAUUCUAAUGAACCCGGCCGGCGGACGCGUGUCGAUCCAACGCUCAGCGGCGCGUACUUGCACCUAUUAUUAAUAAUAUACUACGAGCGCUCGUGUAAAUAAUAAUAAUAAUAAUAAUAAUACUGUAUAUAAUAACAAUAUUAUCGUGUGUGUGUAUAGUAUAAUAUAAUAUAAGGCGCGCACACGUGUGUGUACCGUCGCAGUCGUCGCGAUCGUCGUCGUCGGAGCAGUCAUCACUCGUAGUGGUAUUAUACCAGUUGUAGUAGUAGUAGUGUGGUGUCGGUCAACGGGCAUCCAACACGGCCGUCGUGUAUAUUAAUAUUAUUAUUGUUGUCGUACACUCGUUGGUCGGGUCCGUCCGAACGUCGUUUCCGAGUAGGUACCUAACUUACCAACGUUCAAGUCUAAAAUUCGCCGUUCCGCCCGCAAACCGUUUUCAGUAUUAUAAACAAAUAAUAUUAUGGCGGACGUACCCCGCCGUACGACAUGAAAUCGACGUCGCAUCCGGAAUACCUCUCAUCUACACGACCGGUCAGAGAUAAGUUAUGAUACCAGUUUUAUGAUAUCCGACAGAUACAAGCACGUCCUGAGUCUCGGCCCGGUUUUCGCCGACCAAUAACACUAAAAUGGUGGUAGAUCAUAGUGGAUCCAACAGUCCAGACACGAAAUUCAAUAAUGGCAGGGUAAAAAACCAAGAAACUAUCGAUCUCAAAAUCAAAAGCGGGACGUUAGACAGAUACGAAAAAAAAUUAGACGCCGUCGAAAAUGGUUCGUUUCCCCCCACCAAGGAGGUGGCAGAUUUCGAACAAGCUAUUGAACUCACUGGUUAUGGAAAAUUCCAUUAUUUACUGUUGGUCGUGUGUGGUUUUGUUAGCACCAGUGAGGAAAUGGAUGUUAUAUGCAUGUCAUUCAUAUUACCAUCAGCCCAAUGUGAUCUUAAGCUAAAUACGUCUUCCAAAGGAUGGCUAAAUUCAAUUAUAUUCAUUGGUAUGAUGGCUGGUGCAUACAUUUGGGGGUCGUUAGCUGAUGCAUUGGGUCGUCGUAAAGUAUUAAUUGUUAUCAGUUUUAUGAACGCCCUGUGUAUUGUAGCAUCCACUUUUGCACAGUCUUACGGUGUAUUCAUGUUCUUUAGAUUUUUAAACGGAGCUGCAUUGGGUGGCAGCGGCCCAGUAAUAUGGUCAUACUUUGCCGAAUUCCAGCCUAAGAACAAACGUGGUUCAAUGUUGAGUUCGAUGGCAGCAUUUUGGACACUCGGAAAUUUGUUUGUAGCAUCGUUGGCAUGGAUCAUCAUACCACAAGAUAUUGGCUACAGGUCUCCUACGUUUUUAUACAAUUCUUGGAGAAUAUUUUUGGCCAUAUGCUCCAUUCCUAGCGUACUUGUUGCUGUGUUCCUGUUUUUUUUACCAGAGAGUCCAAAGUUUCUAUUGACCCGUAACGAUCACAAAAAAGCAUUAGAAGUAUUCAAGCAAAUAUAUGCUACCAAUACAGGAAAUGAUCCAGAAAUGUACCCAGUUAAAUCAUUGGUAACCAAGUCUAAUGCUAUUGAACAUGACACUAAAAAAACUACUUCUUUUAAAAGUAUGACUGAAGAAGUAGCUCAUAAUACUAAGAUGAUAUUUAUGCAGCCAAUAUUAAAGUACACGUGGAUAUCUAUAGUGAUCAACCUCAGUUUUCAUAUUGGUUAUUAUGGUCUCAUGAUGUGGUUCCCAGAGCUAUUUAAUAGAUUUGAUGAAUAUGCUCGAGCCCAUAAUGGUAGUGAACAAGCACUCGUGUGUGAAGUGACUGAAUUUGUAGUUAAAACAGGAUCACACUCUCAUGUGGACUUAUGUUCAGACAAAAUCGAAAGCGGCGUUUUCCUUGAAUCAUUUAUUACAGUGGCAGCUGCUAUUCCUAGCAAUAUAUUUGCAGUGUUAGGAAUGGACACAUUGGGCAGAAAAUUCUUUUUAGUAUUCAGUACAAUGGCAUCUGGAAUAUGUGCUGUUGGCUUGUCACUUAUCACUAGUAAAAGACAAAAUUUAAUAGUAUCUGCUAUUUUUAGUAGUGCUAUUAGUUGCGGUAAUGCUGCUUUGGAUUGUUUAAUCACAGAAAUUUUUCCUACAAAUUUAAGAGCUACUGGAAUGGCCAUAUCUAUGGUAGCUGCCAGACUGGGAGGUAUUAUUGGAAAUAUUGUUAUCGCUGCGCUGCUAGAUCUCUAUUGUCCAUUACCUACUUACAUUGUAGCUGUGCUCCUGAUAGGCGGAGGGCUUUUGUGCCUAUUGUUGCCUAACACCACGAGAGAACCAUUAACGUGACCUAUUUAUGGAAAAGAUUAUAUAAUAAACAGAUUUAAGUCUAUCAUUAUUAUUUUAUUUUCAUUUAUUGACAUGACAUUUUGUUAGUUUUAAAGCCUUUAUAGACACAUAAUUUGCACACUUAUCUAUAUAUAUGAAAAAAAAAAUUCUUUCAAUAUGAUUGUAUUAAUUUGUUGUUUACUGUAUAAUAUGUAUAAUAUGUGUAUGCUAGUACACAUAUGUUUGUAUAGAUAUUUUCCAGACAAAAUUUCUAAUAUACUAUUGUUUAUUUUAUUUAAUUAUUAUUAUUAUAAUUUUUUUUUUUUACUGUGAAUUUCUUGUGAAUAUACUGUUAACCUUAAUAUUUUAGAUUCCGGUAUUUAGUUAAGUUACUUUAUAACUAUAGUGUUAAAAUUACAUAUAUACAAACUAGAUGCUAUUCUUAAUUUUUUUUUAUGUUUGUUUAGUCAUAAUUAAAAGUUUUAUGCAAACCAAAUAAAAGUAUAAACAGUUA